GUAAAUGUUCUGUCUGUUCGUCCCUCUUCUCAGGACAUCAGUGGUGACGGAAUCCCAAACACGUGCCGUGUUAGAUUCCGUGUCACUCGUAAGAUAGGAAUAAUUAUUCUAAAAAAUACCAUAAAAAACAUAAAACAUUGAAAAAACAACCAAAAAAAUCUGAAAAACUUAUCUAAAAAUACCAAAAAAAGUUAUUGAAACGGCAGUUCCUGAGGCGACAUACGGAGGAAGUCAUCAACCAAGUAUCCAAACCACAUUGAUUUUGAAGAACUACGAGAAAACAAACAAGCCAAGAUGAAUCCCGCAGGACCAAGCUAUCCGAUGGCAUCCCUCUACGUUGGAGAUCUCCACCCCGAUGUCACCGAAGCCAUGUUGUUCGAGAAAUUCUCGACAGCAGGACCCGUGUUGUCCAUUCGUGUAUGUCGAGACAUGAUAACUCGACGAUCACUUGGUUAUGCUUAUGUUAAUUUUCAACAACCUGCUGACGCUGAAAGGGCUUUGGACACGAUGAACUUUGAUACUAUCAAGGGUAGACCAAUCAGAAUAAUGUGGUCUCAACGUGACCCUUCCUUGAGAAAGUCUGGCGUGGGCAAUGUGUUCAUCAAGAAUUUGGACAAGAGCAUUGACAACAAGGCUCUAUACGAUACUUUCUCAGCUUUUGGCAACAUCCUGUCUUGUAAGAUAGCUUCCGAUGAAAAUGGCUCCAAGGGUUAUGGCUUUGUCCAUUUUGAGACUGAAGAAGCAGCCAGACAGGCCAUUGAGAAAGUUAAUGGCAUGUUGCUCAACGGCAAGAAAGUGUAUGUUGGCAAGUUCAUCCCUAGGAAAGAGCGAAUCGCCCUCCUUGGUGACAAGAUGAAACGCUUCAACAAUGUUUACAUCAAGAACUUCGGAGAUGAGUUAGAUGAUGACAAGAUUAGGGAAUUGUUUGAUCCAUUUGGCAAGAUCAUAAGUGCCAAGGUUAUGACUGAUGAAAUUGGCAAGUCUAGAGGGUUUGGUUUUGUUAGCUACGAAGAACCUGAGGCAGCUGAGAAGGCCGUAGACAACUUGAACGGCAUGGAGCUUGGAGGGGGGAAGGUGUUGUAUGCUGGGCGUGCACAAAAGAAAGCAGAACGUCAAGCUGAACUGAAGGACAAGUUUGAGAAGAUCAAAAUGGAGAGGAUCAACCGAUACCAAGGUGUGAAUCUGUAUGUAAAAAAUCUGGAUGAUGUGGUUGAUGACGAGAGACUUAGGAAGGAGUUCUCACAGUUUGGAACCAUCACCAGUGCUAGAGUCAUGAGUGAAGGUGGGCGGUCCAAAGGCUUCGGCUUUGUGUGCUUCAGCUCUCCAGAGGAGGCAACCAAGGCUGUGACGGAGAUGAAUGGUCGUAUCAUUGUGUCAAAACCUCUGUAUGUGGCACUGGCCCAGCGCAAGGAGGACAGACGUGCUCACCUCGCCUCACAGUACAUGCAGAGAAUGACCACAAUGAGACAACAGCAAACUGCACAGUUUAACCAGAUGUUCCAGCCAACUGGAGCAGGUUACUUUGUGCCCACCAUGCCCCAAGCCCAGCGUGGAUUCUUUGCACCAACACAGAUGCCCCAGGUCAGAGCCAGUCCCAGGUGGCAGACACAAGUCCGACCCACGCAGCCAACUGCUGGUUUCCAAGGCAUGCCUGCCAGUGGCCAGAUGCGCACCAGUGCCCCACGAGCUGGUCAGCCAGCUGUCCGUGCAGGUGUCAAUGCCCGGCCAAUCACUGGACAGUCUGGUGCAGUGCCAACCAAUCCCAAUGCUCGCAUGGCUGCGAUGGGCCCCAGUAUGGGCAACCGACCAACAGCUGCUGCUCCAGCGUUGCCCAACGCCCCCACCAGACAGGGAUUCAAGUUCAACACCCAGAUGCGCAAUCCCCCAACAGCUGUACCACAGUCACAGGUCAUGCAGCAGCCCCAGCAGUCGGUUGUCAUCCCAGGGCAGGAGCCUCUGACAGCCUCCAUGUUGGCUGCUGCACCACCACAGGAACAGAAGCAGAUGCUAGGAGAGAGGCUGUUCCCUCUGAUCCAGAGGAUGUACCCCGAGCUUGCUGGAAAAAUCACUGGCAUGUUGCUAGAGAUCGACAACUCAGAACUUCUUCAUAUGUUGGAGUCAAACGAGUCUCUCAAGGCAAAGGUUGAUGAGGCUGUUGCUGUAUUGCAAGCCCACCAGGCCAAAGAAGCCGCUGCCAUGUCCAAGGGUGACAAGUGAUCUCUCAUCACUUCCUCCGUUUGUCAUUUCUGCACCGUCAAGCUAGACAGGGAACAUCUGGACAAAAGACAAUUUAGCUGAAAAGAAGCUGGAUUGUAAAUUGUAGCUGUUUGUGCAAGCAAAAUUUGUCUUGCAUGAUUUUGUCUGUCCUUUUGAUGGUGCAGAAUUGCUUUCUUACAGUUUGAAAAAAAAAAUAGAAAAAAAUAGCAAAAUAUGUUAAAAUAAGUACAAAAUAGGAGAGUUCUCCUGUUUUCACUGUUAAAAAAACAUCAGUUGCAGUCAGGUACUGAUAGAUUAUUAACUCUAUCCAUAACUCUGCUGUUAUGACAUACAAUGUGUGUAAUAGCGAUAUAAAAAUAGCAACAGACUAAAAAAAUCUUUCUAUUGUGUACUAUAGUGUUUGUUCAGUUCUUUGCUGUAUUGUAUGUUUGUCAAAUUUCUUUGAAUGACUAAACCAUUGCUUGUCAGUUGAGUUGUGUGGAAGCAUUUAAGAGAACAUGAGAAGAGGGACUACUGUAAUGGAUGCAGUUAAUAAUCUAUUGAGUCUGUUAAACCAAUGUUUUAUUUUACAACAAAUAAACCGUUUCAUUGAA